CUCUCUCUCUCUCUCUCUCUCUCUCUCUCUCUCUCUCUCUCUCUCUCUCUCUCUCUCUCUCUCUCUCUCUCUCUCUCUCUUCCAUGGCACUUCUGGCCCCGACCUCCUCCCUUUCAAAAGACUCGUACUCUGUAUCAUCCACAAUCCGUGGUUCUAAGCUCCAAUCUCAGCACACCCGUUUCAGGUCAUUCCGUGGUUCCAAUUAUUCGUAUUUGACCAUAAAGGCUUCCAGAGAGUCCUUAGGCCUGACUCAACAACUGAAAAGCAACAAACUGGAGAGAGUAGUGGAAACUGAGGAUGGGAGCGAUUUGUUUGAAGAUAUGAAACAUCGGUUUCUUAGCUUCAAAAGGCAGAAAUAUUUGGAAAACUUGGAACACUAUCAAAAUCUUGCCAAGGGUCAAUCACCAAAGUUCUUGGUGAUUGGUUGUGCAGACUCUAGGGUCUGUCCCUCAACAAUUCUGGGAUUCCAGCCAGGAGAAGCGUUUAUGGUUCGCAACAUUGCAAAUUUGGUUCCACCCUUUGAGAGUGGACCCUCAGAAACAAAUGCUGCACUGGAAUUUUCUGUAAAUUCUCUUGAAGUCAAAAACAUAUUGGUUGUUGGUCAUAGCUGCUGUGGAGGCAUUCGUGCUCUUAUGAGUAUGAAUGAUGAAGUAGACAAAAGUAACUUUGUCCAAAGUUGGGUUGUCAAUGCAAAGGAUGCAAGGUUGUGGACAAAGAUUGCUGCCUCCAAUCUCAGCUUUGACCAGCAAUGCAAACACUGUGAGAAGGAAUCAGUUAACCGUUCGUUGUUAAAUCUACUCACUUACCCUUGGAUAGAAGAAAAGGUGAAGAAAGGCAUUCUAUCUAUACAUGGUGGUUAUUAUGAUUUUGUUGACUGUACAUUUGAGAAAUGGACUCUCGAUUACAAGGAAGACAAUUUGAAAGAGAAAAAUGGCAGAGUCUCAGUUAAAAAUCAUUUACUUUGGAGCUAAAAUUCUGAGUCUUUCCUCUCAUAUAUUGUUCUAAAAGAUUUGCGUACUGUGAACAUUAAUGUAAUAAGAUGGUUGGAACAAUAUUUUGUAAAUGUGGCAUUAAAUGGAACUUUCCUGAGAGUGCUGAGGACUUGAACUAUGUAGUGUGUUAUCUCUGGCUAUUCUAGCAAUAGCAAGCACGAUGGAGUUCCUUUAUGGUUUUGAUGGAGAAUUGAGCUGUUUUUGUGGAGCUAGAUUGAGGUCUUGUCUCUCUUGAUCCUUAAAUAAUAAAGCUUUGCUUUGGUGUUGCGCUCCUUCAG